UCUCUGGUCUAGAGGCCUUUGCAGUAUGUUUCUUGGAUAUCCUUUAAAAAUCUCUUUCAAGAUCGAUUUUAUAUGCAUAUUUGAAUAGAGUGCAGCACAGCAAGAGCAAUCCCUUUUGUUAACAGCCAAAGACUCAUCAUAAAUUGAUGGGCUUUCGUUGUGGGGCCUUUCCAAAGAAAACAGAUACAGAACGAAGGUUCUUAGACAACGGAGCUCGGCUGUUGCAAGACCUAAUCUCUUCGUGCGAUGGCAAAGUAAACCUUUUCAGGAUCUUCUCUGAGGAAGAGCUCAGGAAGGCUACUGACCACUACGAUGAGAGAAGAAUUUUGGGUAAGAAAGGCACCUUCACCUAUUAUAAGGGAACCUAUGAAGACCGCACGAUCGUUGUUAGGACGAUAAGUUCUGAUAGUGCAAAUGAGGAUGACAUGAACUUUGUCUUCAAUGAAAUUGUCAUGUUAUCACAAAUCAGCCAUAGGAAUGUGGUGAAGCUCUUGGGUUGUUGCUUGGAGACUGAAGUUCCCAUGCGGGUUUAUGAAUUUGUCCCCAAUGGAAGUCUUUACCAGCAUAUCCAUGAGACUGAUCUUUCAGGUCGGAUUUCAUGGGAGAAUCGUCUAAGAAUUGUCACUGAAGUUGCGGAUGCACUUACCUAUCUGCACGCUUCAUCUCCCAAGCCAAUCAUACAUAUGCACAUAAAGCCUUCCAAUAUUCUAUUGGACGGAAACUACACUGCAAAAUUAACCAAUUUCAGGAUCUCGGUUUCAAUAUCACCCGACGAAAGAAAUGUAGAAUCAGCUAUUAAAGGCACCGUUGGAUACAUCGAUCCUGAAUAUGCGAGUACUGGGUUAUUCACAGAGAAGAGCGAUGUUUUUGGCUUCGGGUUGCUACUACUUGAGCUUUUAACAGGAGAGAAGACAUUGGACCAGACCAGGGAGGAGCUGUGGUUGGGGAAUCUUGUCAUGUCUUCCAUGAUCAAGAACCAGCUUAGCUCAAUUGUGGAUGUGGGCAUUAUGGAAGAGGGAAAGAUGGAACAAUUCAAAGCUUCUGCAGAGCUUGCCCUAAGAUGCAUCCACGAGAAGGGCGAGGAAAGGCCAACGAUGAAGGAAGUGGUGCAAGAGCUCAAAAGUAUACAAAGGUUCAAGCAUCCUUCAUCCCAAUCAGUUUCCAAUUCCUGAAUUUCCAUCUCUCAUCAAAUGCGUGUUAUGUAUGGUGUCAUACAUGGAUGAUUUAUGCUAUUACAAUUUGAUGUAGAACACAAAGCAAUGUAAUAAAGAGAAGGAAAAAAACAAAAACAGAACUUUG